CCGCUCCGCCGCGCCGCCGCCGCCGCCUUCCCGGGAUGAGCGCUCCCCCGACGCCACCUCCCGGGGGCGAGGAAAGACUCGAGACGGCCUGGCCCCCCGGCGACCAACGCCAGCGGCACCCCGGCGGCGACGGAGGAGGCGGCGGCGGCGGGGACCGGGGGGCGGGGGCGGCGGGCUCGGUAGCCAUCCAGUGAGUCUCCGCGCUGGUGUGCCUGGUGGGCAACGCCCUGGUCAUCUUCGUGAUCCUCCGCUACGCCAAGAUGAAGACGGCCACCAACAUCUACCUACUGAACCUGGCUGCGGCCAACGAGCUCUUCAUGCUGAGCGCGCCCUUCGUGGCCUCGUCGGCCGCCCUGCGCCACUGGCCCUUCGGCCCGGCGCGGUGCCGCGCGGUGCUCAGCGUGGACGGCCUCCACUCAUUCCCCAGCGUCUUCUGCCUGGCCGUGCUCAGCGUGGACCGCUACCUGGCUGUGGUGCACCCGCUGCGCGCUGCCACCUGCCGCCGGCCCGGCGGGGCCAGACUGGUCAGGGGUGUGUGGCUGUCGUCCUCACUGGUCACCCUGCCCCUUGCCGUCUUCGCCGACACCAGGCCGGCUCGCGGCGGCAGGGCCGUGGCCUGCAACCUGCACUGGCCGCGCCCAGCGUGGUCGGUGGUCUUCGUGGUCUGCACUUUCCUGCUGGGCUUCCUGCUGCCCGUCCUGGCCAUCGGCCUGUGCUACGUGCUCAUCGUGGGCAAGAUGCGGGCGCUGGCGCUGCUGGCCGGCUGGCAGCAGCAGAAGCGCUCCGGGAAGAAGAUCACGUGGCUGGUGCUGACGGUGGUGGCCGUCUUCGUGCUCUGCUGGCUACCUUUCUACGCGGUGCAGCUGCUGAACUUCUCUGUGACGGGCCUGGAUGCCACCGUCAACCACGUGUCCCUCAUCAGCCACGCCAACAGCUGCGCCAACCCCAUCCUCUACGGCUUCCUCUCCGACAACUUCUGCCGGUCCUUCCAGCGGGUUCUCUGCCUGUGCUGCUGUCUCCUGGAUGCCUCUGGCGGUGCAGACCAAGAGCCACUGGACUACUGUGCCACCGCCCUCAAGAGCAGAGGGGGCACAGGCCCCUGCCAGCAGGAGCCCAGGCAACCAGAACCCAGCCGCAAGCAGGUCCCCCUCACCAGGACCACCACCUUCUGA